AUGACGGCCCCCAAAAAGAAGCGGACAACCCAGCAGCGUCACAACGCCAUCCGAGCCUGUGACAUUUGCAAAGAGAAGAAGACCAGAUGCAGCGGGACCCUCCCAUGUAUGCGGUGUUAUCGAUUAUCGCUGGCGUGCGAGUACCAAUCCUCAUAUUCCCGAGGACUGGCCGCUCCACUGCCACCACCUCUUGAUCCUUCUCAAGCCAUCGACAUCGAAGGCUGCCCGCCACUGCCAGCUCCAACAGCGGCACCUUCCAGAUCCCCCAGCGCACGAAUCGCUCUGAAUGACACACUCUCUCAAAGUCAACCUCUCACUUCGAACGUGGGGCCCGCAUCGGGGCUCGCCUUUCUCAAUCGAGUCUGUGAGGAUCUCAAGAAGGACAAAUCGCUGCCACCGACUCAAUCCACAUCGCCUGCUUUUACUGGCGUAGUCAAUCCAGAGACUCCCGAUGCAUCUUCCAUAUUCAGUUAUGGAGACAAGCCAUACUCUGCCUACUAUGUGCCAGAAGCUCCGUUGCCCUCGCUGGAGCGAGCUCUCGAACUGACCGCAAUCUAUUUUGACAUCGCUGUGGUCACGUAUCGGUUCCUCCAUCGAGGACUCGUGGAGCAGUGGGUGGGUGAGCUAUUUCAGGCAAAUAUGCAAACCCCCAACAACGUACCAUCGGGACCGUCAGUGGCACGAAUGUGCAUUUGCUUCAGUAUCUUUGCCAUCGGCACACUGUAUGAUCGACGAGGACGAGCCGACCAAGCAGAGUCGGACGCUCAAAGCGAACGAUGGUUCGCCAUGGCAAAGCAUCUGGCAGCAAUUGAAACUGGACCGCCUCGUCUCGAGACAGUCCAAGCUCGGUUGAACAAUUGUUUAUACCUACUUGCCUCGUCGCGAGUAAGCGAAGGCUGGUUCUCCUUUGGACUGACAGUUCAGUUGGUCACAGUGCUUGGCCUUCAUCGAGCGUCGUGGCCAAUGGGUGAGAAGGACAAGCCAUACAGUUUCUUAGAGCAGGAAUUGCGCAAAAGAACGUUCUGGAGUGUCUAUACGCUAGACAGAUACAUCAGCGUCACAUUUGGGCGGCCUCAACUUAUGCAUGAUGCAGACAUUGACCAAGAGCUUCCCGGGGAGGUGAACGAUGAGGAUCUUCUCAUAGAAGACCCGGCUUUUCGAAGUGGCAAACCAGAUCAUACCAUGGUUGCUUCGGUUCUUCACUACAGACUCACCCGAAUUCUGGGUGACAUUUCACGGCAGUUGUACUCAGCGAAACCGUGCUCCUCAAAGACCCCGGUCGAGCGUACAGUACUGUUAAUAUUGGAGCUCGACAGGUGGAAAGAGAGUGUCCCUGAUACGCACGAUGUAUGGCGAUCACAGAUUCUACAGAUGGCCUAUGCACACGCUAUCAUUCACACUACACGCACACUCCUCUUCAUGGACACCAAGGAUGCGUCCGUAUCGGGGGCGCCCACCGCCACCAUCAUCUCAUAUAUCGACAAAUGCAUCGCAUCGGCAGAAGAGAUCAUGACUAUUGUCAAUGAACUCGCGAAUAAAGCGACUCUGAUUCAAGGCUACUGGUUCACCAACUAUGCGUGUUUCUGUGCCGUCACUGUCAUCUAUAUCUACAUGAUUCGCCAGCAUGAGCCCUCGGCAAUGGCGUACGUGGCUGCCCACCGCGUGCAUGAUCCGACUCGAAUUAGAUAUCUUUUCAGCCUCGCCGAAACGUGUCAGCAACAUUUGGGUCGAGUUACAUCUCACAGCAGUCGAAAUCGACGAUAUGGCGUAAUUUUGGAAGAGCUUCGACUGGAGGUUCACCGGCGAAUUGUUUCUCAUCUACGACCAUCUCAUCCGGCCGAGUCGCCAGAGAAUGAUGGGGGCGGAUUGCCGUAUCAACCGAAUGCACCGUCUGUGAACAGUGAUGCUGGCCUCACGCUGUCGAAUACCUCCACGGGCUCAUCUCCGGCGCCAUGGAAAGGGAUCGGCAUUGCCCCUGGUCCGGACAUUUUGAACACUGACUCAGUUGAGGAUCUCUUAAAUUUAGGAGAUCCCACUGGGUUCUUUGAUAAUGUUGAAAACUCACUGAUGUGGUCACAACCAGACUAUUUUGCUUUUCCUAAUCAGAUUGAUGAACCGCCCAUUUUUCGAUUUUGA